CUCAUUUGACUAGGCGUGCUGAAGAGAUCCACUUGUUUCACUGGAGAGAUCUUCAUUUGAUUGGAUAUUGCUUCUAGUGUUGGAUAAACUAAAUAUUUGCUGUCACUAUUAGAGAAACAAUGCAUUUCAGUUCAAAUGCAAAGCAGUUUGUUCUCCUUCUCAUUGUUGGAAUCUUCUUGCUUCUGGGGUAUGUGGUCUUCAACCACUUCAAUGAAAGGCAAAACAUGGUUUGGUUUGACGCUUCCAAAAGAGAUAUCCCAGUUGAUGAGGACCAGAGGAACACCAGCCUGAGUAAGCCCAUAUUCAGGAGCAGAGUACAGAACAUCGUCUCUCCAGAAAGGCUAUUGUACAAGCAGCCCAGUGUCUUGGUGGGUCGUACUGAUGUGGUGGCAGUCACCCCAUGGUUGGCACCCAUCGUCUGGGAAGGAACCUUUGACCCUGACCUCGUCGACAUAAUCUAGAAGUCCAUGAACCUCACCAUAGCAACAACAGUGUUUGCCGUUGGAAAUGACUAAUCCAAGCCAGAAGCAGGUAGAAAAGAGCAGAUGCUCUGAGCUAUCCUACCAGGACCAAGCUACUACUACUGUCACAGUGUUACUGGCUAGCUCAGAUCGGUUGGUAGAAUGUCUCUGCUGCUUUGUUGGGCAGUGAUGGCUCUGCACCUCGCAACAGGCAAAUAUAAAAGUUGAAACUUGAAAUGAAACAGUUUGUUGUUCCAGGGGUGGAUGCUGCCUCGGGGGUGGUGAACACUACAGAGGAGGAGGUGGAAGGGGUGGACUCCCAGUCACCAUGCCCAGCCGGGUGGCAUCAGAAUGAGCAUCGCUGCUUCUCCUUCUACCCCGUCUGGGCCACCUGGGCCACUGCAGAGUCGUACUGCUCCCAGCACAGAGGGAACCUGGUGUCGGUUCACAGCCCUGGUCAACAGAUGUUUGUCCAGGAUCUGGUCAGGAGACACACAGACCAGCCGGUCUGGAUAGGAGGCUACGACGCAGCUCAGGAGGGGAUGUGGCUGUGGAGUGACGGCUCAGCUGUUGACCGUUUUUACUGGGAGGAGGAUGAGCCCAGUAACUCUGGACAGGGGGAGAACUGUAUGGAGCUACACACAGGAGGUGGGCAGGGCUGGAAUGAUGUGUCCUGUGGAGAGCUGAGGUUCUAUGUGUGUUCUAUGGAGACAAGAUCUGGUUUAGCAGGAAUGCAAAGUCAGAAGAAAGCACACGAGAGAGAGCUGGUUGAAGAGGUGAGUAUUUAUGACGUCCUGUGGGAGACCAGUGAGAGAGUAGCAGAUGAGACCCUCGACACCGCCUUCCUCAGAGGGAUGUAUUCCAGACGUCUGCCUGCCCACUGCUAUGCUGACUUCUGCCACCAGGAGAUGCUAUACCUGGACAGAGUCAUCACCAUGCUGCAGGUGCUGAUCAGAACAGUCCAGGGUCCUCCAGACAUCAUGCAGUUUCUCCAGAGAACACAUCAACGCUACCAGGAGUCUCUGAAGGAGGCCCAGAACCAAACUCCACCACAUCUGAACCUGUCCUCCAUCCAGCCCUCUGCAGCCGUGCGUCAGUACCUCCAGAGCUUCCAUGACAUUGUGAAUGAGGAGCCCAUCUACUGGCUGGUGUCUCUGCUGCCCAGAGCCCUGCUAAGACCUUACCUGGCAAAGAACCUGCCCCUGGGAGAGAGGACCAGACCAGGCCCCAGGCCCUGCCUCUACCCCUGGCUAAGCCUCUUCCCCUGCCCCUGCUACCAGUGGGGGGGAGAGGACAUGAAGUCAGACCAGAGGAACCAGAAAGACAAGUCAGGGGCAUAUUACAGGCUUCUACUGGAGAAGUACCAGGAUGUGAUAGAUGUCUUUAAGGCUGUCAACAUCUUCAGAGUCCAGAUGAUCAACGAGAAGGCUCUCUUCACCUCCAGUUGGUUUCCCACUGGUGACGAGGAGGAAGUGGAGGAUCAACCCAACCUGUGGUCUGUGGAGUCUGGACCUGACGUUAGUGUGAAGCUGUAGCAGUGCAGCUGUAGAAUACAGGGAGCUGUGUGUGUUUGGCUGUGUGUGUUGGCUUUCACACUGCGCAGGACUGUUCCUCUUGUCAGACAUAUUCCAAUAUUCCACUUUUAUGUUUGAAACUUCUCCCCAACAACUACUGUUUAAACUGUAUUAAUGCAAUAACACAAUGAAUGUACACAUCUAAUAAUUGUCAACAAAGGAGCUACAAUAAAAUAAAAAACUAUUUAGGUAAUAAAAUCAUAGAAUGAAACAGCGUGAAAUGUAAAACUGUAUUUUCUUAUGGGUAUUGCAAUAUGAAUAUUACACAGCCAAUCACAUUGCUGUGCUCUUCUACAAUCAGAAGAAUUGCUCUGGCUAGCCAAUAAACAGAUGGUAUUUCUUCCAAGAAUUGACCAAUCAGAAAAAGCUAAGGUUGCCCGACUGGCACUUGGCCAAUAUUUGAAUUCUCCAUUGUAUAAACUGUUGUAUUUU